AUUUGGACUUUCUGCUUUAAAUGAGAAAGCAAUGGAGCAAGAGGAAAGAGAUUUGAUUCUGAAUCAUGAACUAUCAGAGAUCGGUCAGAAAAUUUCUAACAUUAUGCGCAGGAAUGAAGCUCUUAAAAGAAAAGUGAAAAGACUAGAAUCUGUUUCAAAAGAUCAACAGAGUCAUGUCCUAAAAGAGUCCUGUAAGUUUCUAUCAACUAAAAGUGGAGAAUAUAAAGAUAGUAUUAAGAAAUUAAAGAAACAUCUCAAAUGUAGAGGAUAUGAUCCUUCAUUAUCUCAUGGACGUCUAGUUAUAAAAAGAGAGAAAGUUCAAGAGCUGGAAGAAAAGUUGAACCAAAUUACUUCUCAACUUGGAACUUACCAAGAUUUACCUGCUGAUGAAAAGGUUGCAAAGUUCAAAAUUGAGGAAGCUAAGAAGGAAUUAACUCAAGUCCAAAAAGAUAUUGAUGCUCUUCUUUUUAAUAUUUGUUAAAUAUGUACUUAUAAUUUGUAAGAUAAUUUAUUAUUUUUUGAGCAAUUUAUUAAAAUUUAGUUAGUUUAAUGCUUUCACGAAAUGUCUAUCUGUAUAUGAAGGAUGGAUAUGUGAGUAACUACCCAUGCCAUUAUUACUUGUUGUACAAAUGACAUGUAUUUUGUUUCAUUGAUGCUCAAUUUUCGGACAAAAUUGAUAUUGUUUAUGAUUUGGCCUUCUACUACGUUCAUCCAGAUUUAUGAAAAUCUACUAUAUUCUAUAGCUUUAAAAGGAAAAUGUACUGAAAGUUGGUGGGAACACAGAGGACUCAACCAAAGCGUUUAGUUCUUUAGUGUAAAAUAAUGCAAAUAUAAUGUAAACUGGUUUCAAACCGUCUUUUAUUUUGGUGGGUGCCCCCCAAAUAUAUUUUCCAACUACAGCAUUUCCCACAAAUAAAUUUGCAAUUCUCCAAAAAUGACAGCCACUGCCAGGUCUGCAUAGUGUGUCAAAUCUUUCUUAAAGCCUCUAAAACACUCUACCUAAUGAAGCUUCUUUGAAGUCUGGUCAUUAGGAAGAUACUUGUAAUAUUUGUUUCUAACUUGUGCAGAUACAGGGGGAGGGUCAUGACCCCCUCCUCCUAAACCGUUGAUGUUAUUAUGCAUCCAGAUUGU